AGCCAUUUUGGCUCAAGCGGUGGUCAGCCAGCUUUCCUUGGCCUCGCCCCCCCCCGCUGGACCGACCCCCGCGGCCAUGUCGGGCGAGGAGCCGCCGCCCUGCACCGCGGAGGCCGCGCCGAUGCUGCCCGAGCGGCCGGCCAGCGCGCCGGCGCCCGGGCGCCGGCGCCUGGGCGCGGUGGGUGCGCUCGGCGUCGUGCUCGUGGCUGCCGUGGUCGUGCUGGCGUAUCACGGGCCUCCCGGCAUGUCGGGCGGCCGCGUCGGAGGCGCCGUGUCCAUGGCGGAGAAGAGCAAGGGGGGCGGCAAGGCCAAGCUGCCCGGGAACGUCGAGUCUCCGUGCAGCUCGAAAGACCUGACGUCCAACUGCAAAGUGCUGAUGGAGGAUGUGGCCGAGGUCGCGGGGGCGGACGCUGACUGGCAGAGCGAGGUGAAGCGGCUGGAGAGCCAGGCGGAGGCCCAGAAAAAGGAGGCGGAGAAGGAGAUGGAGGCGGCCAAGGCCGAGGAGGAGAAUGCGCAGAAGAAGGUCGAUGCCGCCGGGGCCGUCAAGGACGACGCGGCCGCAAGGCUGAAGGCCGCGAAGGACCUCGCCGAGCAGGCCGCCAGCAUGCGCGCGCAGGCGAAGCAGGCCCUCAAGGACGCGGACAAUCUGGAGAAGGGCGCCAAGGAGGCGACCAAGGAGGCUGCGAGCCUGGAGGAGCAGGCCAAGGGCAGGGAAGCGGAGGCCAGCGAGAUCGAGAAAAAGGCGGCGCAGCUCAAGAAGAAGGCCGACGUCGAGUGGAAGAAGGCCGACGACGUUAAGGAAAAGGCCAGGAAGGAGUUGGAAAAGCACCGCGAGUGCUUGGACCUGCCUGGCAUCCGGCUGAGCAAGGGCGAGAACGAGAUCAUGGCCGCCGAGGGGGACGACGCCAUCUGGAACGCCGAGAUCUGCCGGCACCGCUGCCUGGAGAACACCGAGUGCCAGCAGAUGGUCUGGGUGGGCUGGAAGAACGGCUGCUACCUGUACGGAGACCGCGUGGCCGACGCGGUGGAGUUCAAGGACACCUUCAACUCCUCCUACUGCGGCUUCCGGAGCGAGGAGGACGCGCUCAAAGAGAUCCUCGACACGACGUACAAGCAGGUGCCCUACAACCCCCCGGUCAAGGAGUGCUCCUGGUCGGGGGAGGACUGCGCCGCUACCUACUGCUGCAACGACGUGUCGUGCGACAAGGACUUCUCCAACUGCAGGGGCUACACGUGCUACAAGCAGGACGAGUACUUCGCCGGUUGCCUGCUGGACCCCUCCCCGGACGCAGGCUGGAGCAACGAGAUCAUCGGCGGGCCGCGCGAGACUCGCGAGGUCCAGCCGGCGGAUGAGGGCGUCAAGGUUCAGGGAACGAGUUUGUUCUGUUUCAGCGUGAUCAACUGGGACGCGCCAGCGCCGAAGCCCUUCUGGGCGACCGAGAGGGAGCUGGCGACCCACAUUAAGGAUCAUCAGCUGAGCAUCUUCCAGUGCGACGAGGGGGACUUCUUCAGCGGGUACCAGACGCCCAAGGCGGAGUGGGGCUCCUUCUCCAACAUCGACGCCUUCGUGGCGGUCUGGGGCGACGUGAAGAACGACGGCAGGUGGAUGAAUCAUGACUGGAUUGUCAAGGUGGACGCGGACGCGGUAUUCUUCCCAAACCGCCUGAAGGACCACCUCACCAAGCUCAGGCCGCCGAAGAACUCCAGGGUGUACAUCAAGAACGUGAACUACCAGUUCCAGUUCAUGGGGGCACUCGAGGUGAUUUCCAAGGAGGGCCUGGAACUCUAUUUCGAGAAGGGCUCGACGUGUAUCCGCGGCGAGCACGACGGGGGGGAGGACUUCUUCAUGAAGGGUUGCCUGGACGCGAUCGGAGUUGACCACAUGGUAGACUUCGAGUUGCUGCAGGACAAAUACUGCCUCACAUGCGAGGACCGCGACAACGGUUGUACUGACGGCUGGCACGUGGCGUAUCACUUCCACAAGAAGAUGAUCUCUUGGGACUGGUGCUACAACCAGGCGGUGUGUGGCGACAAGGCUGGGUCGUGCGACGAGGGCCUCAAGGUGGAGUACGUGAUGCCCGACGCCUGAGCGAUGGUGUUGCUCGUCCCUGCCUCUUUUCGAGCGCGAAGAGCUCGCGACGCAGCUUGGACCAUCGGCCACCGCGGAGGGACCGCUCCAUCACCCUCGCCGCGCAUGCCCGCGGGCCUGCUUCUCGACCCCCUUCCUCAUGCUCCUCCCCAGAUGCUCGAGAUUCUCGCCCGCCAGCCUGGGCCAGGCAGGGGCGGCCCAUGUGGCCGCGCCGCAGGAGGGCUCUCCCCUCCCUCCGACAUAUGUCGCAGGGGCGGCCGCGGCGCCGCAAAGCCGGCUCGCGCGGCCAGCUUGCGGGGGGGAGAUCGGAGAGCCUCCCCACCAAUGGCAGGAUCGACGUCGUCGCCGCCGCCGCCGCCGCUGUCGCAGCUGAUGCCGUCAUCGCCGCUGCUCCCGCUGCCGUUCGUCGUCGUUGUUGCCGUCGCCGCUGUGAGCCGAAUUCGGAACGGGGGCCCCCCUUAGAGAGAAUUCGCCUGGCGCCGGAUGCGCGCACAGAGCGCUUGCCGCUGGCGCGGCGGUCGGAUGCGGCGUCCGGUACCACACCUCUUGCGUCGGGUCGCCGGGGAGGACUUGUGAUUCGCGCCUCCCAUGCCAGAGCGACGACGGGAGUGGUUGUGAUCCGAAUUAAGUGGUCGACGGCUCCGUGCGAGCGCGGGGUCCCCUUGCUGGACGCCGGAGCCGCAGGCUGGAUUGUAGUCUUCCGCGAUUCGAGCGGUCCAAAGCACGGCUUGCUUGCGAUCGUUUCUGCUGCACUCUCUCUCUCUCAGCUCGUCCGCCAGCCCCUCGUGUCUUCUACCGCGUCGUGCACGUUGCUUUCGAGGUUCGGCCGUGCCGUAUUUCAUGCCGCGCCGUAGAUUGCAGUGAGAGAAUCGUUCUC